AUGGUAUCACAUGCUAAAAAUAAUAAAAGACUAUCUGAUUCUCUAACAAUAAUAAAAGGAAGAAUAUUAGGUGGUAGCAUAGAUAUUUUAGAUAAAUUUGAAUCACAAAAUCUUCUUCAAUUUUAUAAUUUAAGAAAUAUUAUCGACCAGGAAAAAGCUUUUUGUUAUGAAUCAUUUCCUGAUACAUUUUUUGGUCCAAAAUCAGAAAAUUCUAUAUUAAAUUCUGAUAGCUUAGAUCUUUUAGUUGCAUUCUAUAAUGACACAGUAGAAGGUUUUCAAUUUACCAAACCUAAACAAAUAUCAGAAAUUGAACAAAUAUCAGUAUUUCCCAAUGUUAUUCAAUAUGAACAGUUAAAAUUGGGGUCUGAAAUUUUUGGAUCUACAUUCUCAGCUUGCUACAUCAAAUCCUCAAGAAUUCUG